AUGAAUAAUAUGGAAUUCAACGACCAGGAUUUGGAAGGCGUGGAUCAGUACGGUGAAGGUUAUCCAUACAGUUCUACUCCCAAGACUUAUGAUAGUAUGCAGUUCAAUCCUUCUGGCCCUGUAGACCCUGACUAUAUGGCCGAGGUGGCUAGUCCUCGGGGGGAAUCUCACACACCUUUUGUUGGAUUUUUUAGCUCUAAAUUAUUGAGAUCCGGUUUCACUUUACAGACUGUAACUCUUUCUCUCAUGUUUGUCUUCUACUGGGCCUUUGGAGGCACUGGAAUCUUCGUUUUUGACCUGUAUGCUGCUCCGGAAAGCGUCAAGGUUUCUAAACCCUUUCAUCUCACUGUUUCUACCCUUAUGGCACUUUAUCUUCUAGGCACUCUUUACAUCGCCAUGUUUCAAGUUUUCGUCACAGACAAUUCAAAGUCUGUGAGAGGAUUUAGGGCUGGUUCUAAGAUAUUAUCUGCUGCUGUCACAUUGGACUUGCUCUCUAACAUGUUACGUUUAGUUCAGUAUGUGUAUUCUUAUUUUUUUAUGAGCAUGAAGUGGUGGACUAGAUAUCAGCAAACUAAGGCUGACUGGAUCUUUUUCCAAUUUGGCAGCUUCUCAAACAGUUUUGCCUUGGUGAUGUACGGAGCAGCCUUCUUUUAUCUCGAGGCUUAUCACGAUGAGGGAACUUCAGAGGAGGUUGCCUGGAUCAACUUAACUUUGUUUUCUUUGGCGGGUUUAGCUGAGCUUUUUAUGGUGUUCACUGGUUACGGCGCACUUUUUAGCCUUUUCUUAUUAUUGGCAAAUUUCAGUGGCACCUUUUGGGCCUUUUCUUUCGAACCUCUUUUGGACAAAUGGUCUCCCUCUUUGCACUCCCGGGACGUCAACGCUGAUUUCGUUACUGAUGAUUCCAUGGUUUACGACCCUUAUUCUCAAUACUGUCCCAACCAAAAUGUAAAUGAUCCAAAUUUAAAUUAUGAAAAUCCAAACCAGCCUGGAAUGGAUUAUCACAAUUCAGCCGGGAUGAAUUACCAAAAUGACUCCAAUCCAACCAAUACUGGGUACCAAUACCAAGAGGGCGGAUUCUCUUAUCCCUUUGACCAGAAGGGUUACAAUGAAUUUAAUCCUGUAAAUUUCAACACUUACCAGCAGGGAAACCCUAAUUAUCUCGUUCAAAAUUACGCAUCUUAA